AUGCCUUGGCUUUCAAGGUCACCCUCGUACCAGUCGCCCAUCAACUCUCCGCGCACAUCACCAAGGUCGAGCACAUGCGGGCCUAUCAAGACAUGUGGCCCCUCGGUGACAUACAUCCCGCCACUCAUUGAUGGUGCUUGCGGAACUGUCCCCCUCGCGCAGAAGCCGGCGUUGCCAAUGCUCCACGAAGACCUGCAGGAAAUGUGGCAGAUGAUGCCGGGCCUGAUGUCAUCACUGAGAACCCACGUCGCCAACCACCGCCAACACCUCUCUAAGAGUCACCUAAAGGAUAUCAUUGUCCAGCUCAGCUUGGCCAUUGUCGAAGUUGGAAUCAUCACACUUGCUAUUCCACUAUUCGCCGUGCUGCCGGGGAUUUUGUUCGCCGCUUGGUUAGGAACCUCAAUGAGCAUGGUCCUCGGCCUGAGCUGGUUGAUGAAUGGGAAUGAAAUCAUGAUCAGCUGCGACGAGUUCGGCAACAGUACUACAGAUAUCGACGACGACAACGAGAGGUGGAUCUUCAUUGGUGGCAUCGGCACAAGUUCGCUCCACCUAACACAAUGCACAAUUCCUCGUCUCGCCCGCCUCUUUGGACGCUCUUUCAGCGGCAUCCAGAUGGCCACCUACGGCCUCCCCUUCGACAUGCUCCUUCUCGCUAUCCAACGUUGCUUUCCCUUCGAAACACAAGCCUCACGCGCCCUAUACACUGAGCUUCGCUCAGCCCUCCUGGAUGGCGCUGUGCACCGCGUCGCCGUUCUUGCCCACAACAAUGGAUCUCUGCCCGUUGCUCACGUACUUGCCCGCCUCUGCUCCGACAUCCAGCCGGAAAGGCUCACCAAACUUGAGAUUUACACGUUCGGCGCCACCGCUUCAGAGUUUGUUGUGCCUGUUGGUGAGAGUAGCCGCAAGCCGACCCGCUUUGACGACGGCUCUGCUGCCGUUGUCGAAGAGCGCGGUCCUCAUAUCGAACACUUCGCCUACGCAAACGACCCCUUCGCGCAGAUGGGAGUCCUACGUUCCGUCCACAAAAAGCUUGAAGGCCGCUUCUGCGGCGGUGUCUUUGUCAUCCACAACCAGGUUCCCCAACCCUCAGGUCAGUGGGUGCCCGAUCAACGCCCGGUGAUGCUCCUGACCGACUACCUCUCGGCACUGUUCCCGGACCCUACAUCUCCGCAUGCCCCCAGCAGCAUCCUCGACUCCGUUAUGAUGAUCGACCGAGACAUCGCCGAGAAGCGCGAGCUGGCUGCCAUGGCGAACUACGCGCAGACCCGGCGAUCUCGCAAGGACAACCGUCGUCUCAGCUGGACCGGCCUGGGAGCAACGGUUGGCGGCAAGAGCGGCGUCAUGGACGGCGUCAUGGGACUCGAAAUGGCGAGGCGCGGGUGCCGGGACUGCGAUGGCCAUCGUGGUCGUGAGGUCAGUUGGCUUACCAACUACGUGCAAACUGGUUGGGUUGUGGAGAAAGAGUCGCACAUCGUCGACGCCAUGGGCAUCGGAGGCAAAUUCUGGUGA